AAGAUUCUCGGACCGCCUUCCGGAGCAUGAAAAUCUCUGUCAGACACGUGACCUUGCGGUGCGAUCAUCACAUCGCACUUCAAAAUUUCAGUCUCGCGUUCAUGCCAGAGCCCCCGGCAAAAAGGCAGAAAUCGAGCGGGCGGAUCCCACGAAAGUUUGCUACUGCUGAUGAGAUACGCCAAGCGCUCAGCUCGCACGAUCAAGCUGAACUCGCGCACACUCUUUCUGAUCUCCGGACACAAUUUGCGCUUUGGUCACACGGGAACAGCAGUUCAAUCUCCAGCUCCGACCCCCGCUUGCUGCUUGUCUCGAAAUAUUUGGAGGCGUCGCCGGGAGCACACGACUUAUUUUCAUUAUGGGAAUCGUACAGUCCCAACAUCCGAAAUCCGGGACCCCUCGUCCUUCUAGUCUCGCUCUUCGCAUCAAUCUUAUCCCUCUUGUCAACUCAUUAUACGUUUCACGCCCCCGGACAUACGAUUGUCCGCACACUGUUGACACCAGCAUGGAUGAGGAGAUUGAACUCGUACGUUGGCGGAACACAUAAUGAGCUUGUGCUUGUCACUCUGAAAUUGUUCAACGUCCUCUCUGUCUUUGGUGGAGGACGUGAGAAGCGAGCGGUGCUGGAGGGGUUCGCUUGGGAGACCAAGUCGUUGCCCAAACUGCUUAGUAUGCGACGGAGAUCCAGCUUUGAGGAUUCUGCUGACGCUCUUACGAAACCUGACAUAAGGACCCUUUACGUUCUUUUCUGCCUCUCGUUCGUCGACCACGAUACUCUGUAUCCCCUCAAGACGGCCUUUCUUGAGCAGCAUAAGGAUGUCUUCUAUUCCAUAUUCCGCGGACUUCACCAAGAUUCAUUUGUGGUGAUCCGUCGAGUACUUGAGAUCUGCUGGGCCGGCAUAUGGUCCGAUCCAAAACUCAAGCGCACACUCAAAAUCACUCUAUUCAAUGAAAUCACCAUUUCCCACUUGCUCAAGAUCCACGAACGCCAGAGCGCUGAGGACGACGACCCGGAGCACGUUCCAGCUGAUCUUGUCCAUCACUUCUUGUUGGCAAUCUGUACCCAUCCUGGGCGGGGACUUGUGUUUAAGGACCAAGGCUGGUACCCUCGCACAAUCGGGGCUGAUGACAAGGGGAAUAGCAGGCUGUACAAUAAGAUUCUGGCGAACAUCCUCAAGACGCUGAAAGUCAAUGAGGACUCGCGCCAUCAGGAACUGGCCCUGAAGAUGAUGGCCGCCUGUCCGGAGCUAGUUGCUGGAUUCUGGUCUGCCGCAAAUCUGACUUUGGAGCCGCGGCUGUCCUCACGCUGGAUUGCCAAUAUCUCGUUCUUUGGCCACGUUAUCUCGUUGCCAGUUCCAACGGCUUCGUUUUCAUCUGUGGACCAAACUGUGCUGUAUCAGCCCUCCCCACCUCCCCUGAAUAUCAUCCUCGAAAAUGUCUUUCCUUCGGUCAAUACCAAGACGCAUUUUUCGAAAGGCUUGCAACAUUCGAGUGGACUCGUUCAACACUGCACUGCACUAGCUUUGUGCAAGUGCUUGGGCAAAUACAGGGCUGUCUUGGACGAUUUCCGAAUUAUCCAGAAUGCGCUCAAAGAAGAUGUCAGCGAUGGACAAUGGUCCAAAAUGCAGCGAGAUCUAGAGAAGGAAAUACGGCAUCGGGUGCCCGAGUUCCAGGUGGUCUUAGCUUACGCAACUGGCAAGACAGACAACGAUGCCAAGGCGGCGCUUUUGGCUGAAAGUGCUCAGCGACUUCUGUGGAUGUAUCACUCCUGUCUGCCUUCUCUCGUGUCUGAAACCCGGUUCGACGUAGGGAAAAUGGUCCAGAAUCUAUCCUCACAAACGCAGUCCUCGGCAUCUGCGGAAGGACUCAACCCCGUCCGACGAUUGCAUGUGAUCCGUCUCUUGAGAGACAGUCCACAGUUCGUGUGGAGUGGCAAGUCUACGGCGACUGGCAGAUCACAUCUGCACGUGCUUUUGGGACUAUUCUGUGAUUCUGGAACCGGAAUUUCUAUCAAGAAAGCAGUCGGGUCCCUGAUAGUGCAUUUGCUCGCCUCCAGUGUUGCCUUCCAGCACAAUGUUCAUGAAGCAGACUUGUGGCUCCGUGCUGCCGACGGUGCCACAGAUUCCGUUGCUACUUUCCUCGACCAGUGUUUGCAGGUGCAUCUCAAGAAACCAUACCAGUAUAUGGAAGAUCUUCGGGCUCUCGCGCCAGAUGCAGAACCUGUCAGCUCAUUAUUGUUGACAGUACUUGAACAGCUCACUUCUCGAACAGAGCCCGCCCUAUUUGUUUUUGUCCGCAGAUUGUUCAUUGGAUUGUCCAGCAUUCAGCGCGAUCUUACUUUGUUGCGCCUCUGCUUUGCUCGACUGGAGUCGCUUACGGUCGGGUCUGAGCCCGAGAUAUCCCGCCAAGUUGACAUCGUUCGUUGGUGUCUCGACGGUUUCCCCGAGACGAACUGUGUUCUGGAUAGCGAGCCCAUGCCCGACUUCGAGGAUGUCAACCAGCUUUUGACAUGGAUGAAGAUAGUUGGAACUCACUCCCGAGAGGAUCUGCAGAAGGGCUUCCAACUUGUCGUUCAAUCGGACGCAUCCGCUGUUGCACAAUUCGCUGACGCUGUUGACCCUCGGACGAGACUGCUUUGGACGCUGCCGCUUGCUGACAUUCAAUCACACCAAGUGCUUGUGAAUGCAGCAUUGCGGUGUGAUCUGCUGGAUCUAAAGCGAAUGGUCUGUCUUGUCGGCCACAAGAUCUCUUCGAAUACGAGCCCAACUCUGAUGUUCCUGGCCUCCGUCUGUCGCGGUCUCGCGAGUAGUCCGUACUGGCCAGACGUCAGACUGGAGAUAUUCACGCACUCGUCCAUGUGCGAGAUCUUCACCCGAAUCGAUGCUCCUAAGAGCACACUCGACGGCAUCAGUGCUCUCCUCGCAGCCUCACUCGAUGCAGCCCUUGAAGCGGAUCGGCAAGUCGUCUCAGAGCUGACGCAACAUUGGCUCGGUGUGUUGACGGAGUCUGGCUUCCAUCCGGCGAGUCGUAGUUUGCAUGGUAAUCGAUUUGAGAUGCUCACUUGGCUGAUGUACCCUGCAAACCAAAGCAGCUCACAGCUUGUCGAUGCCGCUGUCAAAGCACUGGAGCACUCGACUCGCGGAGAAUCUCUCCUAGUGCAUCUCCCUGUUCUCGCAUCUCUAGCUCAAAACUCGCCCGCACUGGAGAGCAUGAUCGCAGCUGCGGUCGGAAGCUGCCUGCCGAUCGGCAUUCAGGGCUACUCGCUCAAUACACAGUCACUGGACCAAUGCGCCCCAACAUGGGCUCGCCGUGCUUACCCACUCACAGCCAUACCCAAGAUCGAAUCCCUGUUGUUCCAAGACUCGGAUUGGACCGAUUCAUCGGUCACACUUGCUGCAACCAUCCUAUACCGCUCAGGAUGUGAUCCUGACCGCUUUUCGCAAUGGCUAAGCAGCGAUUUUGCAAGCCGAAGAUCUACAGCUCAUCUUGCGCGUGUGUUUCAAGCGCAACUUGAGCGGUCCCCCCACACCAUCGACGCUUCAGCCUUCGAUCCUUUCUUGGGGCGGCUCUUUGCUCAAGUCGCGGACGACAACGUCUCGUCGACACUUCGCGAGCCGUGUGCCGCAGCAUGCCAUGCCAUCUUCAAUGAAUAUCCGGAGAUGACACCAAAGUUUUUGUCUACACUCGAGAAAUGUAUCGGCAAGUUGCGGGACACAUCCCUGACGAUGCAGUUGCUGUCAAUCGGGAAACGUUUCUCGAGUAAUUCCCUGAUAGAGCAUGCCCUGCGUUGGGGGGUGGAUGUUCUCGCAACCUCCGAACCAGAUACUCUCCUUGUUGGGGCAAUCACGUCUAUGAUUGAAGCGACCCGAAGUCUUCAUUCAGCUUCCACAGAGACCUUAUUAUCAGUCAUCAUCCAGCACCGAUUGUUUGACGAUGCGUCCUUGGCCUUGUCCGCUGCUAUACUGCGCAAGGGUUCAUUCAAACCCUUGCUUGUCAACCGCUAUAUCCAGAGCAUCAUCCAGCACCCACACUUUUUCAGAGCAUGCAAUGCCCCAUCCCGCGACGCUCUGAUCGCUGUUCUUCACGUGCUAUUCAAUUGGCAUCCAGCGAAUACAUGCCAACCCACCCAUAUACAACCGCUGGUGCCGAUCUAUCGAGGCACUGCGUCCGCUAGCGAUCGCAAGCUUCUGUCGAUAUUACGACUUUUCGAAGACGAGCGCAAAGUUUCGAUCGCUGCAUUUCUCUCCCAGUGGUCUCCUUCUGUGGAUGUUCCGUCAACCGGCGCCCUUGAAGCCGUGCAAAGUCUGGACCCGGUUGUAGUACUUCGCACAUGUGUUCAUUUUCCUGAUUGGAGGAAGUUGGCUGCAGGUGAAGCGGGCGUGAGAGAGAGCUCAAGUCACGCGCAAAUCUAUGACCCCGUAUUUCUGAUUCUUCUCUUUGCGCAUGCCAUGGCAGAGGAUGUGCCCGAGAGCGCGUUUGCCUGGAUCCAAAUCUUCAGGACGAACGUCGUCAGCCUUGUGAUCAGGGGGCUGUCGUCCAAGGACGCAGAUCUGAGACACGUCGCAUGGGCUCAACUAGCUGCACUUUGGGCGCAUCUCGAGUCAGCAGACAUGCAAGAACAACCGCAAGUCGUCUAUGUGCUCAACGUUCUGCGGAAUGCGAUCUCAGAGUCGGAACCUGCCAAGCGACUGCCGUCAUACGCCACGUUGACUAUUGCCCAUGCACUGCGGGGCAUCUUCUAUCCCGCGCAUUUCACCUAUCCUCUGACGGCACGAUUCCUGCUUCAGCGACCGUCCAUCGACUUGACAGACGUUCCCUUGUUGUACGGAAUGCUUUACAGCAGCUCAGACGACUGGAAGAAGGAGCGAGGCUGGAUCAUCCGAUUCAUCGCCGAUGGCAUGUCCUCCUCAGAUGACUGGCGUGUCCUGAAGCGAAGGCACACCUGGGAGCUGCUUGCGACUCUGUUCCAGAGCUCCGAGGAGGAUCAGUCUCUGCGCAACGCCAUUCUCGAGGUCCUGGCGAAUGUGACUUGCAACAGACAAGCCACAACAUCCUUGCUUCUGAAGAGCAAUCUGUUGCAAUGGAUCGAGACACAGCUUCUCCAAGGCAUUGCAGAAGUAUUGGCCUGGACACGCAUUCUUGAAAACAUACUGGUGGUCGUUGAUGCCGCGAAGCUCGAAUCUGCUACAGCCGGGGAAUGGCGAUCCGUGGUCAGCCGAUGUCUCGCAAUUCUGCUCAAGAACAUGCCAAACCAUGGUGGGGUCUCUACCUUGUCUCCCAAUUUCUCGCUGACAGAUCGCGAAGCCAAACCAGACACAGUGCUUGCGACCAUUGCACCGGUGAUCCUACGCCUGUCAUCGCUGCCCGGAAACCCACCCCACAGUCUACGAGAAGUGCUUGAUCUCGCCGUCCAAGGCAUCCAAUCGCUGGAGCGUGACAUACCAUUGCACGGGGGAUGCCUCAAUACACUGCUCAAUGCGGAGAGUGCUCCGUGCCGAGCGGAAGACUUGCAUCGGGUACCUGAGAUGGACUGUCUAACGGCCUGGGGCUUCUCACUGGAGUGCCUCUGGCAAGCUUCCAUGUGCCUGCCUCAAAAAAGCACGGCGUGGGAUGAGCUGACGCCACGUCUGCUGGUCUGGCGAUCGAUGGUGGGGCUCGAGCGUUGCGUCGUUGGCGAAUGGGCGCGCAAAAUGACCGUAUCGAUGGUUUAA